AUGGAUGGGGAAAACGGGGAAACCAAAUGGAGAAACGGGGAAACCAAACGGGGAAACGGAGAAGUGGAGACAAGAAGAGGGAGAGAGAAAGGUCGAUUCAAAUGGAGAAACGGAGAAACCAAAUGGAGAAACGGAGAAACUCGCAGCCGAAGCACCGGAGUCAAGAGAGGAAACGUGGAAAUCGAUGGAGGAAACGAGCGCGCUGCUGGUGGAAAGCAUGCAGAAUCGGCUGGAAGCGACGAAAGAAGCGGACUGGCGGUGGAUCGAGUUUUGUUAACAAACAAGCGAGUUGUGCUUGAAAGCAAGUUUGGGUUUCUUCAAGUCGAGCGAUCGAAUCAAGUGGCAGCACUGGCAAACGCGCUGCGAGCAGGGAUAGCCGCAGUGCUCGCAGUGGAGUGUGGCAUUGUGUGUUCGUUUGAGCGAAACAUCCUUGGAAACAAACCAGUCUAUUCAUUCACACGCGGUUUCGUUCCUACCGCUGCUGCUGAUUACGUUCGACACUAUUUCCGGGCGAAUCAGCUGCGCUUUGGCGAGGAACUGCCGCACUAA